CCAGAGGAGUUGUGGGACUCAGGCCAGGAGGGGAGCAAAUGGCCAUACCGUGGUCACCCAGACCCUUGCACCAGAGCUGGCCACUUCUGCCCUUGGAAAGUGUUUCACAAGGCUCCGUGCGUGUGAGAACAGCCCAGCUCAGCUGAGGAUGGGUAAGAGGGUGUGGACUCACACACUCAGCAGCACCCAGAGAGGAAGCGUAGCCAGAAGGGCUGCCCAGCACAUCACUUGUGCAGAGUGCCUGAGUCUGCGGUCCUCAUGACAGGUGACACAGGCCCCCCAAAGCUCAGCAGGACCAGAUAUGGUUCCAUCUCUAGCCCACCCAACCCGGGGUUACAGCAAGAACCUCCCGGAGGGACCUACCUGAGCAAGAAGAUCCCCAUCCCAGAUGCAGAACCGGGCACGUUCAGCCUGCGGAAGUUGUGGGCCUUCACGGGGCCCGGUUUCCUUAUGAGCAUUGCUUUCCUGGACCCAGGAAACAUCGAGUCGGAUCUUCAGGCCGGGGCUGUGGCUGGAUUCAAACUGCUCUGGGUACUGCUGUGGGCCACCGUGUUGGGCUUGCUCUGCCAGCGACUUGCUGCCCGGCUGGGCGUGGUGACAGGCAAGGACUUGGGCGAAGUCUGUCAUCUCUACUACCCUAAGGUGCCCCGCACCCUUCUCUGGCUGACCAUCGAGCUAGCCAUCGUGGGCUCAGACAUGCAGGAAGUCAUUGGCACAGCUAUUGCAUUCAAUCUGCUCUCAGCUGGACGAAUCCCACUCUGGGGUGGUGUCCUCAUCACCAUCGUGGACACAUUCUUCUUCCUCUUCCUCGAUAACUACGGGUUGCGGAAGCUGGAAGCCUUUUUUGGAUUUCUUAUUACCAUUAUGGCCUUGACCUUUGGCUAUGAGUAUGUGGUGGCACGUCCUGCUCAGGGAGCACUUCUUCGGGACCUGUUCCUGCCCUCGUGCCCUGGCUGCGGCCAGCCCGAGCUGCUGCAGGCCGUGGGCAUCAUUGGCGCCAUCAUCAUGCCCCACAACAUCUACCUGCACUCAGCCCUGGUCAAGUCUCGAGAGAUAGACCGGACCCGCAGGGCAGACAUCCGAGAAGCCAACAUGUACUUCCUGAUUGAAGCCACCAUCGCACUGUCUGUCUCCUUCUUCAUCAACCUCUUUGUUGUGGCUGUCUUUGGGCAAGCCUUCUACCAGCAAACCAACCAGGCUGCGUUCAACGUCUGUGCUAACAGCAGCCUCCACGACUACGCCAAGAUCUUCCCCAUGAACAACCUUACAGUGGCGGUGGACAUUUACCAAGGAGGCGUGAUCCUGGGCUGCCUCUUUGGCCCCGCAGCCCUCUACAUCUGGGCGGUGGGUCUGCUGGCCGCCGGGCAGAGCUCCACCAUGACCGGCACCUACGCGGGACAGUUUGUGAUGGAGGGCUUCCUGAAGCUGCGGUGGUCACGCUUCGCCCGAGUCCUGCUCACUCGCUCCUGUGCCAUCCUGCCCACCGUGCUCGUGGCAGUCUUCAGGGACCUGCGGGACCUGUCAGGCCUCAACGACCUGCUCAACGUGCUGCAGAGCCUGCUGCUUCCCUUCGCUGUGCUGCCCAUCCUCACGUUCACCAGCAUGCCCGCCCUGAUGCAGGAGUUUACCAAUGGCCUGGUGAGCAAGGCCUUCACUUCUUCCAUCAUGGUGCUCAUCUGUGCCAUUAACCUCUACUUUGUGGUCAGCUACUUGCCCAGCCUACCCCACCCUGCCUACUUCAGCCUUGUGGCACUGCUGGCCGCAGUCUACCUGGGCCUCACCACCUACCUGACCUGGACCUGUCUCAUCACCCAUGGAGCCACCCUUCUGGCCCACGGUUCCCACCAACACUUUCUGUAUGGGCUUCCUGAAGAGGAUCAGGAGAAGACCUCUGGAUGAGCUCCCACCCAGGGCAUGGCCGAGGGUGUAACGAGUGGGGCAGACUGGCCUGCUGGACCAGUGGGGGUCGGGGGUGGUGUGUGGAGGCAGCAAGAUGGAGUUCUGGAAGCAGGCCAACCCUGGUUCCCCUGGUUCCGUAGGGACCUGCUGUCUCCUAGUUUGGACAAGUGAUUAACCUCCGGAUCUCAGUGUUCUCAACUAUAAAAUGGGGACACCAACCUUGCAGCGGAGGUAAAUAAAGUACUUUAACACAGA